GAGGCCCAGGACUGGCAUUUGGACAUGCAGCUGACAGGCAAGGCGGUGCUGUCCGCCGCUGCCCUGCUCCUGGUGACCAUGGCCUACAGGCUGUACAAGUCGAGGCCUGGCCAGGCCCCACGGUGGGGCAGGAACGCCAAGGCUGAGGCCAAUGAGGAGGCCGAGGACUCCGGGCAGCCUGCAGUCCAGGGGGCUGCCCCCGGGGCGCCGCACUGGGCGCUGAGACGCCGGAGGGCAAGCAAGGAGACCAGAGAGGCGCCAGGCCGUGGCUGGGAGAAUCAGGGCGACUCCCAAGUCCUGGCAACGGGACGCUCUCCCAAAGACUCAGAAGCCCAAGAGGCUCGGGAGCCCGCGGAGAAAGGCGCUGGUGAGGAAGGGGGUGGGCGGCACCCGGACUCUGAGCUGGCGCCUCCUGGCUGCAGUGGCUGGGAAGCCGGGACAGCUACUGGCCCUACGCCCGAGCGGCCCCACCACCCCCAUUUGGGCAGCGAGUCCCAGAGCUCCCACGCUGGCCUCGCCACAGCAGCCGGCUGCAGUGAGGGCGGCGAGCCUGCCCUGUGGCUGGACAGGGCCCCCCCGGGGCAGCCAGGGCCCCGGGAGCAGGAGGCCGCUCCCACCGACUGGAUGGCCCACGUGGAAGACAAGAGCGACGUGAGCAAGAGCUGGGUCUUCACCCGCGUGACGGGGGUCCACAGGGAAGAGGCCAGGGCCCUCCAGGCCGCCAUGGACAUGGGCCUGACCCUGCCUCGGCAGGAGGGAGCUUCCAGCACCUCCUACAUCUACUCAUCGGUGGCCAGGGUUUGCGUGGAGGAGAAUUUCCUACAGGACAAGGGGGAGGCGGCCAGGCCCAGGCUGAAGGGCAAGGUGUACGAUUACUAUGUGGAAUCCACCUCCCGAGCCACCUCCAAGGGCAGGCUGGCCCCCAGAACAGCUGCCCUGGCUGAGUGUCCAGCCCCCGUGCCACCACCAGGCCCCCCGGGAACAGGGGCAGCUUCAGGAGGCCAAGCCGCUGACCAGGAAGGUGGAACCGAGACACCCACCUGCCCCCAGCCUGUGCCGUCGCCCUCCACCCAAGGCUUCGGCAGGAAGGACAGCCUCCUCCAGAUCCUGGAGAACCCAGAGCUCCAGCUGCAGCUCGAUGGCUUUGGGGCCCCCACUCCAUCCUGCCCAGACGGGAGUGCCCUGCCUGGCCGCCCCCUCCCCGGGGCUCCUCUCGGGGCCAGCCCCGCCGGAAGCAGCGGGGAGCCCCACAUGCAGCUGGUGGCGGGGACCAAUUUUGUCCACCUCCCACCGGCCCCUGGCUCCGCCCCAGGCGUCCACCUGGAUCUGGGCAACUGCUACCAGGUCCUGACCUUGGCCAAGAGGCAGAAGCUGGAGGCGCUGCAGGAGGCAGCCUACAAGGUGAUGAGUGACAACUACCUUCAGGUCCUGCGCAGCCCAGAUGUCUAUGGGUGCCUGAGCGGGACCGAGCGGGAGCUGAUCCUCCGGCGCCGGCUGCGGGGCCGCAAGCACCUGGUGGUGGCCGAUGUGUGCCCCCAGGAGGGCUCCGGCCGCCUCUGUUGCUAUGAUGAGGAGCGGGACGCCUGGCACCCGCUGGUCCAUCUGCCCCCCGAGGCUGUGUCCCGAGGCUGUGCCCUCUGCAGUCUCUUCAACUACCUCUUCGUGGUGUCUGGCUGCCAGGGGCCUGGGCAGCAGCCCUCCAACCGCGUCUUCUGCUACAACCCGCUGACGGGGAUCUGGAGCGAGGUGUGCCCGCUGAACCAGCCCCGGCCGCACUGCCGGCUGGUGGCCCUGGACGGCCACCUGUAUGCCAUCGGGGGCGAGUGUCUGAACACGGUGGAAUGCUAUGACCCCCGCCUGGACCGCUGGACCUCCGUCCCACCACUCCCCGGCGACACGUUCGCCCUGGCACACAUGGCCGCGGCAUGCGCCGGUGAGAUCUUCGUCACGGGUGGCACCCUGCGCUACUUGCUACUCCGAUUCUCCGUCCGGGAGCAGCGCUGGCAGGCCGGCCCCACGGGGGGCGGCAAAGACCGCACGGCCGAGAUGGUGGCGGUCAACGGCUUCCUCUACCGGUUUGAUUUCAAUCGCAGCCUGGGCAUCAGCGUGUACCGCUGCAGCGCCAGCGCCCGCCUCUGGUACGAGUGCGCCAGGGACCGGACACCGUACCCCGACGCCUUCCAGUGCGCCGUGGUGGGGGACCUCAUCUACUGCGUGGGGCGCCGGCGCACACUCUGCUUCCUGGCCGACCACGUCUCGCCCAGGUUUGUGCCCAAGGAGCUGCGGAGCUUCCCCUCCCCGCGGGGCACCCUCCUGCCCACCGUCCUGACCCUGCCCGUCCCUGAUGUGCCUCAGACCAGGGUCUAG